CGUAGUCAAUUAAACAUUCCCAGUCUCACCCCGCCACCACCACCACCGAGAACGCGAAUGAUGUCGAAACUCACGCCAACACCGUACUCCUCGUCCCCCGACCCUAUAAAACACGACGAAAUGAUUUCAGAUCGAGAUUCCCCGCUGCCCUUGGAGCAUUUUGGCCGCAAAACCCAGCUCCGCACCCACCGCGACGACUAUGAACUACACAGAAAGCCAUCACCGAACGGGCAGACCCGCUCCACGUCUGAGCGCUGGGGAUAUAUUGGUACUGCUGGGCCUGGUGCAGGAAGCACACUUGGUAGCGUGGGACAUGACGCCUCUCGACUGCCAUUCCAUCCAUCCCCUCGAUUACAGAUGCAACCUUCAACGACCUCUUCACACGAGGAUACCGUGUCGCCUCAGCCAUUCAAUAACCACCUUCAAGGAACAGGGAACACAGAUUGGAAUGAAGGAGCCGCUAUCUCCCUCGCCAACAACAUCGCGCAAAUAAACAUUUCCGACGUCCCUACCGAAUCUCAGCCUGAGAUGCAGCCUGCCGAAGAAGAACACAUCCCCUUCUCCUACCAGAUACCCCCAGACAUCAUGGUCGCCGCACAGGAAGCUCCGGAAGGGUCCAAAGCUAGCUAUUGGAGUCAUAGGAUGUAUCGAGGCCCCAACGGCGAAGAAGUCGUUACUCACUAUUGCACAAACAUACAAGUCUCUGAGCUUGCGGCCAAGCAUUUUCUGGGAGAGAAGGUGCUGGGCUUCGAUAUUGAAUGGAAAAUCCAUGCGUUGCGGUCUAGCAGGAAGGAGAACGCGUCCCUCAUUCAAAUCGCGUCAGAGAGUCGGAUUGCUUUGUUUCAUAUUGCGCUUUUCCCUGGUUACAAGCUCGAGCACCUUGUUCCUCCUACUUUGAAGAAGAUACUCGAAUCUCCAGAUAUUCUCAAAGUAGGCGUUGCUGUCAAGGGUGAUUUCACUCGCUUGAGAACAUAUUUGGACAUUCAUUCCAGAUUCGUGAUGGAACUCAGUCGCACGCACAAUCUCGUGGAAGCCGAAGACCCUAGCAAAGCCGACUAUAAGCUCGUAACUUUGGCAACACAAGUCCGGCGGCAUCUCGGACUACCCCUGUACAAAGGGGAAGCCUUGACAGAUGAUCCAGAGCCCGAAAACGAAAAAGAAAGAGUAGAAUGGCUCAAAAGGCAAAGCGUUCGCACCAGCGAUUGGAGCAAGAUGCUGGACUAUCAUCAAAUACGCUAUGCUGCCGCCGAUGCGUAUGCUGGCGUCUGCUUGUAUGACGUCUUGGAGGCGAAGCGAAAGCAAUUCGAUCCCAUUCGGCCUUUACCUCGACUUUGUGACGACGAUCCACCAUCGAGACCCAAGCCAUCAGGUGUCACUAAAAAAUCGCGCGCAAAGAAACCCCUGAAAAAUAAUAAGGCUGAGAUCGUCGCAGAAGCGCUGGUGGGGAUGUCGCCUGAGGAAGCCGAGGAGGAAGACACGCAAGAAUACGAGACUGCAGCGGAGGAGCUCGAGGCCCAAAACAAGGAGGAUAUAGAAAGUGAAGAGUGGGAAGAGGCUGACGGAAAUGAUGAUCCUGACGGCGAAUACAUUCCACGGAAAAGCGAAAUAGCCAGCGCCCAGGAUGCUCCAGUAGAUGCUGAUCAGAUUUCACCUGUUCGUACACGCUUUAUCGGUCGCCUCAACCUGUCGAAACUACAGGAAGCCGAUCCAGGGUACCCAUCGCUUCCCACGCUGUCGCCAGAGGAAGCCAAUGUGUCUGAUGAGCAGCCGAUUUCCAGCAUUCCAGAGCAUCAGAUCCAGCAAGAUGCGCCACAGAGGGAUGCGGCCCAGUCCAAUCCCCUCAAAGCUGUACACGACGAAGAGUCCGGUGAAUUCAGCGACCCCGAACUAGAAGAAGCAUUGCAAUACAUAGACAUUGAAAAGGGAUUGACUCAGACAGACCCACAAGAAGCCCUGCCAGAAGCUCUAGUAAACCAGCCACCAACGAGCGUUGAUACUACUGAUUCCGGCUCUGAACUCGACCUAUAUCCCACAACCACCGCCACAGACGAACCAUCUCAUCCCACCCCGUACACCAUAGCAACGAACUGGGCGCAACACUACCUGAACUCCACCAUUCCUUCUACCAUCCCCUCACCCCAAACAUCCCGCAUUCGCGCUACCAUUCCCCACCUCCGCGCCUAUCAUCUCUGGCACAUCCAGAACGUCUCCCUCGAGGCUAUCGCUCACCACCUGCGUGACCCCCCGCUCGCACAGAGCACCGUAGCAAAUUACAUCUUGCAAGCUAUCAGCCUUGAGCGCUUGGUGUAUGAGGAAGAUAGGUUGAAGGAUUUGGUGAAGAGUAUGCCGGCUGCGCUGAGGAGUGGGCGGUGGAAAGGGAUUUGCGAGAAAUUCGGUGUGGUGUAGGGUCGUCGUUAUAGAUGUUUCCUGGCACCUGUUUCUUUUUUGGGUGUGUGGGUGUGGAUUUUGCGUUUUUAGAACAUGGACUUGAUUUUAUACCCUUUCUUUCUUCCUUAUUCUGCUGUGGUCAGUUAAGUAAGUCAUAGAUGCAUAGAUAGACGUAGACAUUGUUGGGUUUUUGUCCUACUUUUCUUUUCUCCUCGUGCGGUAUUUUUCCCUCGUGAUGUUGUCUGUUUACUUAAAGUGGUGGUGUAGAUUCCUUUACCUCCUCCUCGAGCGACUUGUUGAAUUGAUUCAGCAGAAGACGUAUUCGUUGGGCGAGGGCUUCCGCGCGGGAGAUCGAUAUAUCGUUCUCUAUGUGCAACGGUAGAAUCUCCGCAUCUUUUGGAGCCGGGCCUGCCUGCCUGCCUGCCUGCCUGUGCGUGCACCAAUAUUUGCCCAUGUGUGUUCCAGCGGGAGAGACGGAUCGGUAUUUCAUGUUGUGUACUUGCAUUAAUUCGAAGCCGUUGCAACUUGCUUGAUCCUCCGCCAAUGUAGUCGUUUAUCUCGAAACUU